AUGGGUGGCCCAAGUAGGAGACGGAGUAUGGACAUCAACAAUGUAUUGCUGGAGGGAACGCGCCAGUACUUCAUGGGGUUGCCGAAGCAGGCACAAGGAGAAGGUUCCGGACAACCAUUAUGGCCUGCAAGUGUUCCUCCUCCUGAAGAAGGGGCACCAGCGCAAUCCGGUGCACCUGCUCCUUCCUCACGUCCACCUUCUGCUGCAGCAGCACCCCCAUCCGUCCCUACUUCGUCGGCAAUCGUAUUACCGCGACCGCCUUCAGAACCAAUAGAACCAGAGCCACAUAUCAUACAUAAGGCAACUGUAAUGCGGGAGGCGGCUGAGAAACGGCGUGAACAGCCUGAUACUGAAGAUGACGAAGAAGCAGUUGGCACUCUCUCGCCUCCUUCACAUAUUAUACAUAAGCCACAGAGGGCACUUCCAUCACCAUCGCCUGCACCUGCCGCUCCUUGCCCAUCGCCGGCUCGACCUCCAUCAGGUGCACCACUGCCGCCUCCAGCGGCUCCAGAACCUCAAUUAGAGGCUCCAGUUCAAUACAGACCCACAGUACAUCGUGUGCAAACACCUACGUCUAGACAGCCCGAUCAUUACGCUCCGGGUCGGCCACCAGAUCCAUACCCUACAUCACGUCCCCCAGAAUCUUACGUACGUUAUCAUUAUGACCCAAAUAUGUCCGAAGGAAACAGGAAUACCCUUGGAUCAGUAGCAUCACCACAGCCAUCGAAUCACUCGCGUCACAGUCCAGCUGCGCAGACAUAUGCCAGAUUAUCAGGGUCAAUGCAACACUCUACGUCGAGAUUACGAGAAGUUGCCGCACAAAGACCUUCUACACAGCGGUACUCUAUGCAACCUACUCAUCCGCCACCUCCACCGAAUGAUCGCGUGCCGCCCAUACAUCACCCACAAACAGUGUCGCAAUCUCAGCGGCAUCCAUCAGAUAGUCGGGCGGCACAUAUGUAUACGACUUUACAACCUCGCCGUGACGCUUCAGCGUAUCAUAACCGUACACCGUCCCAUUAUGAUAGACACCCUGCGGUGCCUCAACGAAAAUAUGACCCCCAACAGUCAUAUCCGAGCUAUCGGCCUUCGCCGACCGCGCAACCUGUUCAAAGUCACCGCGUUGAUACACAUCAUCCAGUGCAAUAUAAACAUACGGCUAUGGAUGUUGUGAGCGCUCAUUAUCCACCUCGAUCACAAGAGCGUGCACCAGCACCAAUCCCUCCGCACCCACAUGAUGCAAAUAGCUUACCGCCACGCUCUGAUUAUCCUAAUAUGAGUAGAACUGUCGAUGCUAGAAGCAGUUACCAUUAUCCUACUCCUUCGGCGUCAACGUCUAGAUAUGCACCUGUUCCUAUUCAAAAUUCAACGCAGUCUAGAUCCGCUUAUCGUACGGUAGCAACACCUAAAAACAAUUUUGAUUAUUCCCCAACAACGCAACAUCAAUUAUCACCUGUGCGAUCGACGUUAAAGCCAGGCUACCCCAACCAAAACCGUAUCACAGUGUCUGUAACCUCGAUAGUGAAUGAAAUGAACCAGACCAAACAAAAACAUGAGUCGACGGGUGGGUCAUCACAAGUGAAUCAAACCAAUAAGAAACGAGAAUCACCUCUAGAUUUAUCUGUAAAAACAGUUAAAAAUUCUGCCGAUUCAUCAACAACUCAAGAUGAUAUAGUUGACUCUGCAACAGCAGAAAAUAAAAUGAUGACAUUACCUCCUCGAGCUGUUUCUUAUAGUAGUCGUCAUGUACAUUUACCCACAAACAGUUCCGUCACGUCACACAAAGUAGACUUUGCACCUAAUUUUGUCCAGUACGGUGAGAGGGGCUCCCAUGGAUUUGUGGCACCGGCACAAUCUGGAAAUUUGUCUGUUAGGUAUAACGGUACGUAUGAGGGGCGUCGAACAGCACCAGAAGGAUAUCCAGUUGAUUCUCCUAAUGCUUAUCAAGAACGUAAUAAAUAUACUACUCCAACUAGAACAGAUUACAUUCACAAAAUAGAUCUCACAAGACCUGUCAAUGAUCAACGCCAUCCCGAAAACAGAGUUCGGGAUGAUCGGCAUUUCAUAAUAGAGGAGAGGAAACGUCCAGCCGGUCCUAUUGUUAGUAACAUUCCGGAAAAAAUUCUACGUCCUGAGCCUUGGCCCGCAGACAGUCGAAUAGACUCAGCCCGCGAACAGCGAGAAUUGAUGAAACAACCUGUUUACAGCUAUAAACAGUUUGAAGCAGUUUAUCAAAAUGAUCAAAAGCGACCUUCCAUGUCAGGUGUUUAUCGUGAUCACCACGCUCAUCCAAGUCAUAGAUACCCUAAUCCGUAUCAUCCCGAGUUAAUUGCGCGUGAGUCUAAUGAUUAUCAUAACUACUAUCAAGACAGAAAUCCACCUCCUACUAGUCGUAAUCAUGUCAUACAAAAAAUUCCGAGCCAUAUACAUUCUCAUCAUUAUGAUCCUUCACGAAGUAUACCUGCUGAUAAAAAAGUAUGUGUGAGAAGCAUACUAAGAAGUAGUCUAGAAACCAAACAAAUUAGCUUCGCAGAGCCUCCUAGAUCCAGUAAGCAGAGUAGAUCACCAGAUCUAAUUAUUAUUGACGAUGCUGAAGAUUCUGUCAUAGAAAUCAAUGAUCUUACAAAAGAAAACGAAAUUGAAAUGCCACCUAAAAGUGUUGUAAAACCACAUUUGAAUAUAACUCCAAACUUAAAUCAGUACAUUCAAAUGCCUAAGGCAGUGGAUUCUUUUUCACGAGAUUCUGAUUUUACUAACAGUCCUGAUCCAAAGCGAAGAUCUCCUGAAAAUGAUGUUGCAUCCAGAAUAAGAACUAAAGCUGAGCUUAAAGUAAUGCCACCUACACAAGAAAAUAUUACUAAGCCAGAGCCAAAAUUAAUAAUACCACAGGAGAAAGAAAAAUUAAAAAUGCUUCCCAGAAAGACCCAUUUGUUUAAUCAAAUAAGAGAAGAUAAUCUUAGGUUAGAGUCAGUAAUAAAGAAUGAAACACAGUCAGAACCCGUUAUUCCAGAAGUAAAAACGGAGCCAAUGAAUAUUGAAGAAAUAGAAAAAGAUGCUGAAAUAUCAAUUAAAACUGAAAAUAUUUUGGAAAAUAUAGAACCAGAAAAUAUGGAUACCGCGAAUGAUGAUAUUUUUGGCGAUUUAGAUUGGGCUAACGCUUGUGAUAGUUUUAUGGAACAACUUAAAAAUGGAUGCCACAAAAAGAAAACCCACAGGAAACGCGUUGAAACGACAGAGAAUGACAGUAUGAGCCAAAUUAUUUCAAAGUCGGCAAGCAUUGACUCGAUCCCUCUUCAUGCCGAAAUCAAUUCUGAACAAAAUAAUGACUCCAAUGCAGAAAUGAAUAUAGCAGUUAGCAUUGGGCAGGACUCUGGAUCUAAUUCUGAAGUAAAUACUCCUUUUACUACACAACAAGUCGAGCAACCGACAUCUGAAAUCAUAUCAGCUGUUGUAAUAAAACAGGAGCCCCUAGAUGACACAGAAAUGAAUGCAAUUGAGAAUUGGUCUGGGCCACUUGGGGACUCUGUUUCAGAUAAUGCAGAGGGUGUUUUAGAAACAGAAACAAAUAACCUUAAUCAAAUUCAAUCUGAUAAUAAGAAAGAAAAAGGAAAUGAGAGACCAACUAAAGCUAAAUUGAGAGCAAAAGUAAAAAUCGAGAAAAAUGAAACUUUGUCACAGAUGUCUAAAAACGACAUAAAAGGCAAAUCUGUUAUUAAAACAGUAAUAAAGGAAGAAUGCGAAUCGACAGAUGACGACGAGCCUCUUAUAAAGAGUAAAAUCCUUAAGGAAAAAGAACAAAGCGAACGUCUUAAGUAUCAAUUAUUAAAAGAUCUAUCUGAAAAAUCUGCUUAUGUUAAGCUUGAAUGUUGUGACGUAGAUGUUAAUAAAAAUACUAGAAAAUCAUUAGACUCAACAUUAAAAGACAAGGAAGAAAAACAACUUAAGGGCAAAUCAACUAGACAAGCUUCUCGUGCUAAAGUUAAACCAUCAUUCGAUCGUAAAAAUGAAAAGCAAGGCGGUAACACAAGUUCCGACAGCGAUGAUGAUGUAACUGUUGCAAGUCGACUACGAGUACGUAAGAGCAUAAAAGCAGAAGAAAACAAAUCUGCUCCUAAUAUGAAAACGCCAGUUAAAUCAUCUCCAGUAAAAAAGCAAGACAGUAGCAGUGCCAGUAAUAGUUCGACUCCUGUACGAAAACCCACUUUUGGCGAUGGUUCAUACUUUCAUCCAGGCUGGGAAGAAGAGCUUUACAAAUAUAAACGUUCUCUUCGAAUGCCUACUAGACUUAUAGCAAUACCGAGAGGACGUUCGGGUGGUCCGUUUGUACGGGGUUCGGGGGCCUUAUUCACACGGGGCUCUACUUCUUUACCUGAUCUGGACCCAGCACCUCUAUCUCCGGCGCCAUCUUCAGCACAGUCAGCUGCCACAGAUGACUUGUAUGCUAGACGUCAAGAUAAACUAAAUCUGGAUAGUGAUUUAGAUUCAAAUUCAAGUUAUUCUGGACCUAAGAAGUUACAUUAUGAUUCCGAAGCCUCAACAUCUACAGUACUUUCUUCAAAAAUAAAAAAGAAGGGAAAUUCUAUACUUGACGUGUUGCUCCAGAAAUAUGGUCAAAAGGAAGAAACAAAGAAAGAAAAAAAAGCAAAAGAAAAGGAAGAGAGAACACCGAAAGUAAUAUCUAAAAAGUCAACUAGUGAAUUGCUACCUACGCCUAGUCUAGGAUUGGUGAAGAAUGGGAACAAAGGUACUUUUAAUGUUAAAAAAGAAAAAUUGAUGGAAGAUAUUUUUUACUUAGGUGCUUUUAGAAAAGAGACUGUCACUGCGUUCCGAAACUCAUUUAUCAAAGACACAGAUGGUCUCAUUGGUGCAACUGAAGAAUUUGCAACAGUGGUUCUUAAAACAAGAACUAGAACUGAGAGUAGAAUACUAAAACAGCGAGCUACAAUUAAAGAGGUUUUUGGUGAUGAACGGCCGGCCUCAGCGCCACCAACAUCUUACCGGGACGAAGAUGUUCCAGAGGAAAAGGGAGAAAAAGUUGUCGAAGUAAAGGAGACUGCUGAAACCGCUAAGCCAAAAUUUAAACCUAAAAAGAUAUUAAAAGAUAAGCUUAAAAGAAGAUCUAGCUCAAUUAGGGACGGACUUAGAAGUACGAAAUCAUUGAAAAGAAAUGAUGCUAAAGGUCGACUACUUCGUUUAAAGAAAAGAAACAGUUUAGUAAAAUCUCUAAAUAGUAAGAGAAUGAAAGAAAUGUCAGCGAAUAAACACAAAAAUGAGAAUUCAACCACUGAGGAAAAAGAUAAGCCAAAAUUGGAAGGAAGUUCAUUGGGGUCAACGGAAGGAAACACAAAAAGACGCUUAAAGCGUCUCUUUGGACGAAGAAAGUUUAGUUCGGGAUUUGAUUAUAUUCGGAAGAAAAAGAAAAUAAUUCGUAGAGAUGAAAGUAGUCCCAAAAUACGGAGGCCUGCGGCUAAACCAAGUCCAGAAUCAGUACAUGAUAUUCAUAAAGAAAUUAAAGGGUGGUUUAUAAACAAAAGCAUUGGAGAAACGCAUCUUCAUCGCGCUGCAAGACUCGGAUAUACGGACUGCGUCGCUUACUGUUUGGAAAAGAUGGAGUCAGAUCCUUCAGCGAAAGACAAUGCUGGAUUCACCCCGUUGCAUGUGGCUGCUGCAAAAGGCCAUGUCAGGAUUGCAAAGCUACUCCUUCAGUACGGUGCUAACGUAUCUGCAGCUGCCCAGGGCGGCAUUAGACCUUUACACGAAGCUUGUGAAAAUUGUUGCGUAGAAGUUAUUCGUUUACUUCUCUCGUACGGCGCUGAUCCACUGCUCGGAACGUACGCGGGGCAGACUCCUGAAGAAUUGGCCGAAGGUUCAGCAGCGACUCUUCUGAGAUUACAUAUAGCUGAUGUUCAAGGAUAUGCUAUUGAACCUUGGAGAUUCCCGCCACCUACUGAAAUUAUAGACCGUGAAGAAAUGGGUUGUGACGCAUUGUCUUCCCCACCACCCGCAUCACCGCCUCCGCUACCAGAUUCAAUGGUGGAGAUCCAAUGUACUGAGGCACCAUUACCACCCUUCUAUAGUCUUAGAACUGCCACAGGUCAGCCGGCAGAUGGGUUGUGGUGUUUGCUCCAAGAUAUUACCAAUAUGCUACAGAUCAAAUCCAAAGAAAGUCUACUAAAGCAAAUCCAUUGUGGAUCGGGAUCUCCAAAGGAGUUACUGAGAGAAAUUCGUACUCAAGAAUUCCUAGAGCGCGCUCAAUGCCACCAGCUCCUUGGUGCCGGGGAGAAAGUCAACGUGCGAGCGUCUAAAGUGUCCCUAAUCAGGGUCACCGAUAAGUUGAGACAACUGCUCAAGAUCGAGACUGUAUUAGUUAGCUGA